AUGGCCUUUGGACGAGCCCAAGAAGACCGGCCAACGCCGCCACAGGUCUACAACUGGCGCAUCUAUGCGGUGUCGCUCUGUGCAACUCUCGGUGCGUAUCUCUUCUACCGCUUCCAGGCCGCUCUGGCUGACUCGCCAGGCUCGUGGAUGUUUGGCUACAACAAUGCGGUCAUCGGCGGCUGCAUGGUGCUGCCGGCCUUUGUGCGUGACUUUGACCUGCCGCCGGCCGACAGCUCGCGCUACACCGACAUCACGUCCAACAUUGUGUCGUUUGUGCAGAUUGGCGCCAUUGUCGGCAGUCUGCUGGUCUUUCCUGUGCUCAAGUCGUGGGGCCGCCGGUCGGCCCUGGCACUUUCGGGGGUCGUCUUUUUCAUCGGAUGUGCAAUGCAGACCUUCUCUGGCGGCCGUCUCAGCCUCAUGUAUGCCGGCCGGGCACUCAGUGGCGUCGGGCUCGGCUGCGUCACCGUGUCGGUGCCCAUGUACAUUGGCGAGCUGUCGCCGGUGGCCAUCCGCGGAUCCCUGAUCGGCCUCUACGAGAUCAACAACCAGCUGUCGUCUUUCUGGGGCUUCUGGGUCAACUACUUCACCAUCAUCGGCGUGCCGGCCAGCCAGUCGCGCCAGUGGCAGAUCCCGUUGGCCAUGCAGAUGAUCCCGGCCGGCCUGUUGUGCCUUGCUGCUGCCAUUGGUCUGCCCGAGUCGCCGCGCUGGCUGGUCGAGCAUGAUCGCAGCGACGAGGCCCGUCGGGUGCUCGCCUUUCUGCGCCAGCUCGACCCCCAGCAUGAAUACAUCUGCUUCGAGAUCGAUCGUGCCGAAGAGGCUCUCGCGCGUCAGCGUCGUCUGCGUGCCAAGCAGAGCCGCUGGCAGGUCGUGCGUGAGCUCGCGUGGCCCGGCAACCGCAAUCGACUCCUGCUCGGCUGUCUGUUGAUGUGGUGUGCCAAUCUGACCGGCGGCAUCGGUGUCAAUGCCUAUGCGCCCGCCAUCUUCCAGUCCAUCGGCAUUCGCGGCACCGCUCGCCACCUCUUUCUCUCCGGCUUCUACUCGCUCGCCCGUGUCAUCACUACCGCCCUCGGCCUGCUCUUCUUCAUCGACAAGGCCGGCCGCCGCGUCCUUUUGCUCGUCGCCACCGCCGGCGUCGUCCUCUCGCUCGGCUAUAUCGCCAUCUUCAACACCGUCUCCGUUCACGAGUCCGACAAGGGUUCUGCCGGUGUCGUCGCCGUCGUCGCCGUCUAUGCCUUUGCUGUGAGCUACUCGGCCGGCUGGACCGGUGUCCCCUGGGUCUACUGCGCCGAGAUCUUUCCCGCCCGCAUCAAGGAUAUGGCCGUCUGCAUCACCACCUGGAACCAGUGGAUCGCCCAGUUCGUCGUCUCUCGCCUGACCCCCUACAUGAUUGCCGCCACGCCGAGCGGCAACGUCCUCUUCUUCGUCUAUUCCGGCAUCACCAUCUGCUCCGGCUUCUUCGUCUACUUCUUCGUCCCGGAAACCCGUGGCAAGACGCUCGAGGACAUGGACGACAUAUUUGGCACGCCCUACAAGGAUGGCGAAGGCACUGCUGCCAUGGCCAAUCCCAUGGUCCAAGAACUGGCAAGAGUCCCGACAAACCCCUCCUUUCGCCCUUCUCACCAUCACGACCAACGUCUGCACAACAUGGCCACCCCCGAAGCGCAGGCCGCGCUGGUGGCGCACCAGGCCCUCCUGGAGGAGCUCGACAUUCACGCGGUCCACAAGACCUUUCGCAACCCGCUCUGGCGGCCGAACCAGCGCCGCAACAAGAACAUCAAGACCAUUCUGGGCGACGCGUCCCGCAAAGAGGCCUCGGCCGCGGCCACGCCACAGGACAACAGCGGUGCCAACACGCCCAGCAGAGGCCUGAUCGUACCGACGACAGCCGCUGCUGUGAAGGGCAACGACGACGCCUUGUCGACCAACGGUGCGACGACGCCGGCCAUUGUCGCCGGCGGUGGCGCCUCUUCCGCCACCGGAGACGGCAGCCUCUUGGCUCAGGCCAAUCGCAGUCUCUCGAAGCUCGUGCUGGAGAAGAGCCUGCGGCCGGCGUCGACGGCCGGCAGCCUAGGUACGGCGGCACCAACGGUCACGUAUACCAACAUCGAGAGCGCGCCCAGCCUGGCGCCUCAGCGACGCUACUGCGACAUCACUGGCCUCAACGCGCCCUACACCGAUCCCAAAACCCGGCUGCGGUACCACAACAGCGAGGUGUUUGCCAGCAUCCGCGGCUUCCAGCAGGGCGUGGCCGAACAGUAUCUGGAGAUGCGGGGGGCCCACACCGUCCUCAAGUGA